AUGAAGAACCAAGUUCAUCGUGCGGAUCCAGCCGCUACCCCCACAACGUCUGACGAAGACCGAUAUCAUGCCUUGACUGGCGACCUGACAAAGUCAAUCAUCAACUCCGGCUUCGCCAACUGGGAUGCAUUCACAAAAGCGACCGGCCAACUCCUCGCAGACAUCAACGCCGCAGAGAAAAAGUACACUGCAGCACACCCAAAAUCGACAGACGAGAUUUCCAGGAUCAGGGAUCUUCAGCAACGAAUUCGCGAAAACAAGAACGACGCCCUCCAAAGCGUACGCAAUGGAAUCGACUUCCCUCCAACGCUACUUCAAGCUCAUCGCUUUGCUGCGUACUACAAGUCACCGGAAGCGUUUCUGGAAAGGAACAAGAACUUACGUGGAUUUGAAGAGUGCGCUAGGGACAGCAAGAAGAACCUUGCUUCCGCACUAAAGUUGGGUAUACGCAUGAAGAAUUUCGACAUUGCUACAUUGGAGAAGUUCACGAAGUUGUGCGAGGAGUACCAAGUUCUCAUUCCCGGUUUGAGUGGCUAG